CAUUGGGAAUGACUACAGACUACAGUAGUAAAACACAGCCACUGAACACAGUUAUUAUCAGCUACACUGCUCUCUCUCACUCAUAAAAGCAACAACUUGCUUUUGAUUGUGAAAAAACAAGAGAGAAAGAAGAGCGAGAAUAGGAACUCUGACUCUCUCUGAGCUGUCUAGGGUUUUCUGCUUCUAAAAUGGUGGGUUUCGAGGCAGAUCAAGGAUCAAUCUUCGGCAAAGGCAACAAGGUGGAGGUCAGCAGCGACGAGGAAGGAUUCAAAGGCGCAUGGUAUAGAGCCUGCCUUCUUGAAUCGUAUCCCAAGUCUGUUUAUAAGAAGAAAAAGAAAGUCUUGGUCGAGUAUGAGACCUUGGUCAUGGAAGACGGGUCCAGUCCUUUGGUUGAGCAUGUUGACCCUGCUUACAUUAGGCCUUUGCCGCCUGAAGAUGAUACUGGUUGCCAGGAUUUUGAGGUAAAUGAGAUCGUUGAUGCCGGGUACCGUGACGGGUGGUGGGUUGGUACUGUAAGGAAGGUUCUCCAGGGUUCCAGGUACAGAGUCUAUUUUGAUAACCCUCCAGAUGUUAUUGAUUUCGACGGUAGAGAUCUGAGAUUGCACUGGGAUUGGUAUUUCGGCAAUUGGGUCCGACCCGUGAGAGAGCAAAUGGCAGAGUCGAUUUUUAGCUCUGGGGCUGCAGUGGAAGUAAAUCCUGAUAGCCCAAGCCAUUGUGAUGUUUGGUUCCCUGCAAUUGUUGUUAAAGAUUACGGUGACAACAAUUUCUUUGUGAAGUAUAACCCAGAAUAUGGCGAGGACGUGGAUGCAAAAAAAAUUUAUGUAGAUUUGCUCCAUAUUAGACCUAUACCUCCCCUUUAUCAAGAUAGGAGUUAUGAGUUACUGGAGAAAGUGGAUACAUCAUAUGGUACUGGUUGGCGGGCUGGAGUAAUUACCAAAGAUCUUACUGGUGGGAAGUACACUGUAUUCUCUAAACAAGGUAAUGAGGAUAAAGAGCUCAGUCACUCAGAAAUAAGGCCUCAUCUUGAAUGGAUUGAUGGGAAAUGGAUCAGUGCGUCCAAGGAAAUUUUCGUAGCUUCUGACUGUCUAGAACAAUCUGUGGAUGCCUUGAGCAAUACCCAUAAUUCUGAAGUAGUUCUUCAGCUUGAAAGUACCGGUGCCUCCCACAACUCCGAGGCGGCUGUUCUACUGGAAAGUGCAGGUGCUUCCCUCAACUCUGAGUUUGUCGUCCAACUUGAAAUGGCAGGUGCUUUCAGGUAUCACACUGAAGAUAAAAGUCCUCGUUCCACAAGUGUAGGGAACAAACUGAUUGCUGCUGGAUCUGAAAAUUCCCCUUCCUAUUAUUUGCAUUCCAGCAAGAAAAGGUUUAGGAUUGCAGCUCCUAAUCGUUGUUAUAUGAAUUCACGACCACGCAAAGAUCCAAUGCAAGAAGAUUAUGAAGAGGUUCCAUUAUCUGAAGCAUUGAACUUAAAUAAGGCGCCUCUUGAAAUGCUAACUAAAGAAACAACCCAUGGUUCGGCCACCCCAAAGAAAGGUGGUUCGGUUAAGAGAUUCUCUAGAAGUCCUGCAGUUGUUAAUUGGGAUUUUUCUCAACCGGAGAGCUCUUUUUGUGGAAAGAAUAUUAAGGCGAAGAAUCUGAAUGGGGAUGAACUGGGCUGCCUGAAAAUAUGUUCUGCGACAAGGAAAAAACGAUCUGGAAAAUUAAAGUCAAAUAUAACGCCGGUUUCAGCAGCGGGUAAGAGGAACAGUGCAAGAGAUAUUGCUUCUAUUGACAUGAAUGAAGAUGGCGCAAAAGUGAAUGAUGCCGGGGUCCCUGUCAUUUGUGCUCUCAAGGCCAGAGGAAUUAAAGACUCGCGGUCUAAGAAUUCUUCUCAACUUGAAAAUGAGGACCCAUUGAAGCUAAUGAUGGAUCUAAAUGAGAAGACAAAUAAUCGGGCACGAGAUAAGAGUGCGAAGAGUAGGGGAGGCAGUCAAAAAAGAAAGAGAGGAAGACCGCGCAAGUUAGUGAUCAGUGAGCUGAAUGUUGAAGAGGCUGGUGAAGUGCAGCAGGGAGCUGGAGGUGAUACUGGUGGAACAGGUGCAGAGGAUUGCGUAUUUAGUGAGUUUAUAAUGCCAGUGCUCCAACAGCUGGAUUCUACAGACUCUUCAGGUGCAUCCGAACCAGGAACUGCUGAAGUUUCUCAAAAAGAAGAUUGCAUGCGAAAAGAAGUGGACAUGGCCAUAACCGUAGUUUCAGAUAAUAUUGCUGAUGAUGAUCAACCUUUAUCUAGUUGGUUUUGCGGGAAUCACUCAUCAACAAGUCUCGAAGAGCUACGACUAGCAUCUGGUAGGAUUGCUAAUGGAGGGAGAAAAAGGAGAGGAAGACAGCUUGGCAGUACACCAGAAUCUUGUGUGUUGGUGACGGUAGAUGACAGUAUACCAUGUAGAACUGCAUCCUUGCCUUUUGUGAAGGGGUCGCCAAUUUGGCGAACCAUUGAAUCAAUGGAAGUGUUUCGAAUAUUGCCCCAAGAGCCACACUUCUACCCCUUGGCUGAAUGCAAGGAAGAGCACAGGGAAGGAUCUGCUAUUGGCAUGAUGGUAACAUUUGCCAGUUUGUUUGAGAAGAUGUCAACAUUGCAAAUUGACGAUCCAAGCAGCGUAUUCUAUAGGAGUCUAGAAACUCUGGAAGACUUGGAAAAGCAUGGAUUUGAUGUUACAAGAUUACAAGAUCGCGUGCAUCAAUUGUUGUCAAUCAAAGAUGAGCAUGUGCAGCUGCUAAAUGGUUCCAAAGAUUUUGAGAAGGAGCUGGUGGUGCAUAUUCAAGAGACAACAACACUCAAUGAGGAGGCAAGGGAGAUUGAGAGGAAGAUGAGUGAGAUACAGAAACAACUCAAGGCAAUAAGGUCGAAGAAGGAGGCAAAAGAUGAUGAGAUUGCCAAAUUACGAUCGGAGAUGGAAGCUGCAAACUCUUGCAUUCAGAAUAUCCGCUCUGAUUUCCAGAAACAAGCUACCGCCUCUUGGAAACUGCCAUGAUCAUUUGUAUGCUUCAUCGUCUGCUUCUAGUUCCACGUAAGGUACGUGUGGUGUAAGUUAUUAGAUUUUGUAAAAAAAAAGUAGACUUCUGGAGGUACAUUUGAUUUCCUUAAUGACUGAUGUAUAUGUCUAUUUUAUGCCACUAACUAUAUCUAGUAUUUCAGACGUUUAGCGCUUAGUUAACAACAAAUCUUUCAGGUAUUAUGUGUCUCUGAAGAGAGUUUCACUUUAUUGGAGACCAUUGGUAAGGUUAACAAAAAGUGCAACUUCUGUGUUUGCAAAGCUUGUGACCAAA